AUGCCAGAUCGUUCCGACGUGACAUAUUUUGGGGCUGGACCGGCACUGCUUCCCACAGAAAUUUUAGAAAAUGCUGCAAAUGCGUUGGUCAAUUUUGAAAAUACAGGACUUGGUCUUGCUGAACACUCUCAUCGCUCAGUUCUUGCCACGGAAAUUUUAAAUCAGGCCAAAGCAGACCUUGCAAAUUUCCUCCAUGUCCCUGAAAACUACGACAUCUUAUUCAUGCAGGCCGGUGGUACUGGGCAAUUCUCGGCGACAAUCUACAAUCUAGUCGCCAUGUGGGUUGAAAGAAAGAAACAGGAAAUACUAAAGGAACUUGACAAAGAAGAAACUGAUUUACCAGAAGAAUUUUUGUUUAGCAAGUUGCAAAAAGCUGUCACAGAAGAGCUCAAGGUUGACUACCUGGUUACCGGGACUUGGUCGUUGAAAGCAAGUCAAGAGGCCGCUCGAAUUUUAGGGUCACAUCAUGUCAAUAUUGCAGCAGACGCUCGCAAUGUGAAUGAUGGUAAAUUUGGUAAAAUACCUGCUGAAUCAUCGUGGAGCUUGUCUAAAAAUCCAGCCAUGACCUACUUUUGUGACAAUGAAACAGUAAAUGGUGUUGAGUUUCCCGGAUUCCCCGCUGCGCUCGAAGAAAAUGGCGAAAAAAUGCAGUAUAUUGUCGCAGAUAUGUCGUCCAAUAUUCUGUCAAGACGAAUUCCCAUUGAAAAGUUCUCUUUAAUUUUCUUCGGCGCUCAAAAAAAUUUGGGCUGUACAGGUAUUACGGCAGUUAUUAUUAAGAAAGAACUACUUCCUCCAAAUUUAGCCACUCCAUCACCGGAACUUUUACGCAGGCUCGGUCUUCCAGUAUGUCCCAUCAUACAAUCCUACGAAACGAUUGCCAAAAAUAAUAGUCUUUACAAUACAUUAAGCAUCUUUGAUGUUUAUAUUGCUGGCCAGGUCCUUAAGAAAUUACUUGGUGAACAUCCUGAAAAAAUUGAUGGCCAAGAAGCUGUGUCAAAUGAGAAAGCAAAAAUAAUUUACAGAGCACUUGAAGAGCAUCCUCAAUCAUAUUCUAUUAUAGCUGACAAAAGUGUGCGUUCUAGAAUGAACAUUUGCUUUCGCGUCAAAAUUGGUGGAUUAAGUAUAGAAGAAUCUGAGAAAAACUUUCUAAGAGAUGCCACAAAAAUAGGUCUGCAGGGGCUUAAAGGUCACCGAAGUAUCGGUGGCAUCCGGGCGAGUAACUAUAACUCCAUUUCCAUCGGAGAUGCUAGAAGACUUGCAAAGUUCAUUGAUAGUUUUGUAGUGGCAACUAAUACCGCCUAG